AUGCGGCGCUUUCUGGCGCUGCAAUGGCUGCUGCUGUGCUCAGCAGCUGAUGUGCAGGUGGUGGACAUGUAUCGGGCCUUGAAGAAGCCCAGCGGAGGCGAAGAAGGCGACCAAAGGCUGGAGAACAACAACCUGGCAGAUAUUUUGGGUGUGCUGCGAUACCUGCAUCAGGAGGUGGUUGUGGAGCACGCCGUUGGGGAUCCAGAGCGCACGGAGAGGAAAUAUGGCAUCGAUGCCAUCGCGCGAUACCGGGUGACGCUGAAGAACCCGACCAAGCUGGAUGCGAGCUCUUCCAUCAUGGGCUUCUCCCCCAAGUUUAGCGCUUUCGACUACGGCAUCGCCACCAACCCUGAUACGCUCAAAGAGCUCGCAGAGGUCGGUGAUUUCGUGGGCAUUCAGAAGAAGGAUCCCUUCGUUGAUGCGUCGAUGGCAGUUUCCUACCCGUAUUAUUGGUUCAGCCUGCCGGGGAAAUGUCCGAAUCUUCCUUGGACGUGCUUGAAGGGGUCCAACCAUGCGGACUGCACCCACACGGACGAGGAAGUGGGGGUUUUGCCCGUGUCGUGCAAGGACGUGGGGUGCGCGGGCAAGAGCGACGAGGAGGCGGCCCAGUGCAAGGCCGACUUCGAGACGCCAGAGACUCUUCAAGAUUGCUGCCUGAAAUAUACCGGCCCGUCCUUCAGCAACAAGCUUCGGAAGGCCGGUGAAUGGGAGGGGAUGGCGAUCCACUCGCGAUUGUUUGAGCCGGCAGGGUAUGAGGGUGUUUUCAUCAUGGGAACGAAGGUUGCCGUGAUGUACGCAUUUUGCAGCGUCUUCGCUUGCGUGCUUCAAGCCAUCUCCGCCAACGUGAAGUGGCACUCCUUGAGGAUGAUGCUCGGUGCGGUGACCAUGAUGAAGCUGGAGACCAGCCUGAUCUACACUCGCAUGGACACGGGGGCCAGCAUGCUCUGCAACUUCCCGGGCUCUGGGAAGCUCAAGCUGGGCCGCUGCGAUGAGUUGUCUGAGGGUAUCACCUUGCAGGACGCCGCGGAUGAGUGGUGCGCCCCGCUUGUGGUGAGCAUCUUUCCCAACCCUUGCUUUGGCUUCAGGAUGGCCUACUUCAUGGGCCUGGCCAACUUGUUCGCGAUCGCGGUGAACGUCAUCGCGAUCUGCGUGUGCUUGUUCCUGGUGGUCCAGUACAUCGAGGGCACGCUGCACAAGGGUAUGUACCGGACUUGGGCUCUGAUUAUUCACUUGAUCUCCACUGCCGUCCUGCUGGGCGCAUUCCUCGCCUACAUUUUGGUGGCGAUCAAUGCCCUGGAUGAUGUUGGAGGUGUCCAAGUUGCGGUGAUGGUGAUGUCGAAUGGCACCGGGGUUAGCAUCGGCGUUUGGAUCAUGGGAGCUGGCUUGAUCUUCCAGUUCCUGGCAGCUGCUUUGCUGGGCUGUGUGAAGCUGGGGGAGGAGGAGACUUCGGAGGAUCGGGAGAUCCGGAAGUGGAUGAAGGAGCAGAACAAGUGGGAGAUGAACCCAGGCUAUGGCACCUGGGACCAGUCCGGCAGCUACACAGGGCAGUCAGCGUACGGCGCUGGAAUGCACCAGCAACCUGAGGGCCAAUUCCAGCAAUACCCCCAGUUCCAGCAACCUCCAGCUGCUGACGGCCAGUUCCAGCAGUACCCAGCCGCAGAUGGCCAGUUCCAGCAGUACCCAGCCGCAGAUGGCCAGUUCCGGCAGUAUCCGGCCGCAGAUGGCCAGUUCCAGCAGUAUCCGGCCGCAGCUGGCCAGUACCCGCAGAUGCAAGGUGCUGCUCAGGCCUCAGCCUCCUGA